AGCAUGCCCAGACACAAAUCGAGACUUAGUCAGUAGUGUCUCAGUCAGACUUUCAUCUAGAAAACUCAGAGGAGCUGCUCCAACUCUGAAGACUAUUGUUUUGGGACAUGUAAUGCAGAAAACAUUUCAUGUCCUAGCAUUUAUUGACAGUGCUCUGUCUGGAUUAUAAGACUCCGUCUAGAGGAGGUGUCUGCUGAAGAACUUAACAAAGUGAAAGGGACGUUCAUCCUGCAAGCUCCAUUCAUGUGGAUGUACUUUUUCUGUGAUUGCAACUUCAGGAAGUUAUUUUAAAUUCUCUGGUCUUUCUGACACUUUCUGUUGACUAUCUACGACUCGAGGAGAUCUUUGUCUGUCUCUGUUCAGGCAUGACGGGUCAGGAGAGGAGUGAGGAGAAGAGUGAAUGUGUGUCCCUGUCUCCGAUGAGGGAGGCUGUCCCUGCCCCACCUGAGUGUGAGAGGGUGUGUGUGUUUGGGACGGGGGACCUGGGGCGCUCUCUGGGCCUGCGUCUGCUGCAGGCGGGGUACGGUGUGGUGUUCGGCAGCCGACGGCCCCACAGCAGCAGCACCCUCAUACCCCACGGAGCACAGGUCCAGGGUCAUGCUGCAGCUGCUCAGUCAGCCCUUAUGAUCUUCAUCGCUGUCCAGAGAGAACAUUACGACUUCCUGGUACCACUGGCCAAUCAGCUAAAGGGGAAGGUGUUGGUGGAUGUCAGUAACAACCUGAGGAAGAAUCAGUACCCAGAGGCCAACGCAGAAUACCUGCAAAGUCUGGUCCCUGGAGCUGAGGUGGUUAAAGGCUUCAACACCCUGUCUGCCUGGAGUCUGCAGAAUGGACCUUCAGAUGCCAACAGACAGGUGUAUAUCUGCGGAGACAGUGUGGAGGCCAAGCAGGUGGUGAUGGCGGUAGCCACCAUGCUGGGUCUCAGUGCCCUGGACCGGGGAUCUCUCUCAGUGGCCCGGGAGCUGGAGGACUUCCCCCUGCAGCUGUUCCCCCAGUGGAGGCUCCCCCUGCGCAUCGCCAUCGGCCUCAGCGCUGCCUUCUUUUUCUACCUGCUGAUCAGAGACAUCAUCUAUGCAUACGCCACCCAGGGCAAAGACAUCUCCUUCAGAAUCAUGGUCUCACUGGCUAACAAGGUGUGUCCCAUCGUGUCUCUGAUUAUGCUGUCUCUCUGUUACCUGCCUGGUGUCCUGGCUUCCUUCCUGCAGCUCUACAGAGGCACCAAGUACAGGCGCUUCCCUGAUUGGCUGGACCGCUGGAUGCUGUGCAGGAAACAGCUGGGUCUUCUGGCAUUGGGGUUCGCCUUUCUGCAUGUGCUCUAUACACUUAUCAUACCCAUACGGUACUAUGUGAGGUUCAAGGCCACUGAACGCACUGUCUCUGUGAUCAGAGAGAACAAGACCACUGAGUUUGACACAACGACGGCCUGGCGUGGCGACUCCUACUUAUCCCUGGGAAUUCUGGGAUUUGGCCUGUACGUCCUGUUAGGAAUCACAUCUCUUCCCUCCGUCAGUAACGUUCUCAGCUGGAGGGAGUUCAGCUUCAUACAGUCCAAGCUGGGUCACCUGACUCUGCUGUUGUGUACGGCUCACACCUACCUGUAUGGCUGGAACAAGUUCCUGAGUUCCUCCAUCUACAAGUGGUACACCCCACCCGGCUACAUGCUGUGUCUGGUGCUUCCCUCUGUGGUGCUGCUGCUCAAGCUGCUGCUCAUCACCCCGUGUGUGGACCACACCAUCACCCGCAUACGCCAGGGAUGGGAGAGGGGGGGCAGAUCAGAGGAACCCUAAAGACAGCCAACCACUGAUACCUUAGAGAACACACACACACACAGACA